UGCGCUGGGCAGCUGCGGGGCCAGUCGGGACGGAGGAGACAAGAUGGCGCUGCGGGCGAUGCGGGGAAUCGUGAACGGGGCCGCACCCGAGCUACCCAUGCCCACCAGCGGGCCGGUGGUGGGAUCUCGGGAGCAAGCGCUGGCAGUUAGCCGGAACUACCUUUCCCAGCCUCGCCUCACGUACAAGACAGUAUCAGGAGUCAAUGGUCCACUAGUGAUCUUAGAUCAUGUUAAGUUUCCCAGAUACGCUGAGAUUGUCCACUUGACAUUACCGGAUGGCACGAAGAGAAGUGGGCAAGUUCUAGAAGUUAGUGGUUCCAAAGCAGUGGUUCAGGUAUUUGAAGGGACUUCAGGUAUAGAUGCCAAAAAAACAUCUUGUGAGUUUACUGGGGAUAUUCUCCGAACACCAGUGUCCGAGGAUAUGCUUGGUAGGGUAUUCAAUGGAUCAGGAAAACCUAUCGAUAGAGGUCCUGUUGUACUGGCUGAAGACUUCCUUGACAUCAUGGGCCAGCCUAUCAAUCCUCAGUGUCGAAUCUACCCAGAGGAGAUGAUUCAAACUGGCAUUUCAGCCAUAGAUGGCAUGAACAGUAUUGCUAGGGGGCAGAAAAUUCCAAUCUUCUCUGCUGCUGGCUUACCACACAAUGAGAUUGCAGCUCAAAUCUGUCGCCAGGCUGGUUUGGUAAAGAAAUCCAAAGAUGUAGUGGACUACAGUGAGGAAAAUUUUGCAAUUGUAUUUGCUGCUAUGGGUGUAAACAUGGAAACUGCACGGUUCUUCAAAUCUGACUUUGAAGAAAAUGGCUCAAUGGACAAUGUUUGCCUCUUUUUGAACUUGGCUAAUGACCCAACUAUUGAGCGAAUUAUCACUCCUCGCUUGGCUCUAACCACAGCCGAAUUUCUGGCCUAUCAAUGUGAAAAACAUGUAUUGGUUAUCCUAACAGAUAUGAGUUCUUAUGCUGAAGCACUUCGAGAGGUUUCAGCAGCCAGGGAAGAGGUUCCUGGUCGAAGAGGUUUCCCAGGUUACAUGUACACCGAUUUAGCCACAAUAUAUGAACGUGCUGGUCGAGUGGAAGGUAGAAAUGGCUCCAUUACUCAAAUCCCUAUUCUCACCAUGCCUAAUGAUGAUAUCACUCACCCCAUCCCUGACUUGACUGGAUAUAUUACAGAGGGACAGAUCUAUGUGGACAGACAGCUGCACAAUAGACAGAUUUACCCACCUAUUAAUGUGCUGCCCUCUUUAUCACGGUUAAUGAAGUCUGCUAUUGGAGAAGGUAUGACCAGAAAGGAUCAUGCUGAUGUAUCUAACCAGCUGUAUGCAUGUUAUGCUAUUGGUAAGGAUGUACAAGCCAUGAAAGCCGUAGUUGGAGAAGAAGCCCUUACCUCAGAUGAUCUUCUUUACUUAGAAUUUCUGCAGAAGUUUGAGAAGAACUUUAUUGCUCAGGGACCUUAUGAAAACCGCACUGUCUAUGAGACUUUGGACAUUGGCUGGCAACUGCUCCGAAUCUUCCCCAAAGAAAUGCUGAAGAGAAUCCCUCAGAGCACCCUGAGUGAAUUUUAUCCUCGAGACUCUGCAAAGCAUUAGCUGCUACUUUAUCGCUGGCUCGAUACACUUGUGAAAUAGUGUUCUGUUUUCUUUAUUCCUUUUGCACUCCCUAAUCCCCCAUCUCUGUGUUGGAGUUUGCCUUGUUACCCUGUAAUUAAAAACAAAGAAUAGGUAA